UUAUAUAGUAGUAGUAGUAAACCCUAGCAAGCAAUUCCUUUCCUCUAUUCUCUUCUUCACAAAUUCAUAUUUGCUUCAUUUAACUAGUUGUUUUUUCAUCGAUUUAAUCAUCUCGUAUCUGAAAUCUUCAUAUACUGAUCUAUCAAAAGAUCAUUACAAAGGUAGAAAUGGUGGAUCGAAGGCAUGGGAAGAGGGCGUUUUCAUCGAAUGAAUCGGAGGAGAAAGAGGAUAUUAAUGAAUCCAUUUUUCCUAUUUAUUCAGCUCGAUCUCAGUAUGACAUGUCUGCUAUGGUUUCUGUUCUCUCUCAAGUUAUUGGCAACACAAACAAUAAUAAUAAUAUUAAUAUUUCUUCGUCGUCCUCCGUGCAUGGAAUUAAUCCAUUAAUCCUACCUCAAUCAAUGACAAAUCAAAUUCAAGAACAAGGAAACGAGCAGCGAAAACGACAUUAUAGAGGAGUGAGACAAAGGCCAUGGGGAAAAUGGGCAGCUGAAAUACGCGACCCAAAGAAGGCUGCACGAGUGUGGCUAGGGACAUUUGAUACUGCUGAAGCCGCGGCAAUUGCUUAUGAUGAAGCUGCACUUAGAUUUAAAGGCAACAAAGCAAAACUCAAUUUUCCUGAAAGAGUUCAAUCUGGAAAUACUCAAUAUCUUACUACAACUCAUCAUCAUCAACAACAACAAUUAUUGGAUAAUCGUCAUCAACAACAACAACACUACUCGUUCAAUAAUAAUAAUAAUAAUGAGUUAAUUCCUCAGAUGGUCACUCAACCUAAUUUGUAUCAACAACAUUUCCCUAAUGUUCAUCACUAUGCACAAUUACUUCGCGAUGGAAGCAACAAUAACAUUGAUCAAAUGAUGAAUUUUGGAGUUUCGGAACCAAGUUUUUAUCAUCAUGACCAACAACCAUCAUCAAGAGGUAAUUUUGUUUCGCCGAAUACAUCAAUGGAAUUACUCCUACUACAACAACAACAAUCAAGUUAUUAUCAUCAUAAUCAAGAAGAAGAUUUUCCAAGAUUUACAAUGGAUUUUGGGAAUUCGUCAACUAGUAAUGGACCACCUAGUGAAACUAAUUGGAUGGAUUUUCAACCUAAAAAAUAAUUUCUUCAUCUUAAUUUAAAGUUGGUAAUGUGAUGACAUGAAGGUAUCUUGAGGAUACCUGUAAGUCUCUAGUGAUUUAUGUAAGCUUUUUAUUUAUUUGUUUAUUUCCACUUUAUGAUGUAAAAUGGUGGGAUUUUCUUUCAAUGAGUUGUAUUAUCAUGAAUCUUUAUGAAAA